GGCCCAGGAAAACUCAGACUGAAGGCCAGUUGGGCAGCAGGAAAGGAUGUGUGGAAACGAGGACUGCUCAAGGUGUACGGGCCUGGACACAUCAAGGCAUGGGCGCAAGAAAUCGUAGUUCUGGGCUUGCUACGAAAAUCUCGCAGUGCAAGUGUUCUUAACUGUCUGUGGACCAGCAAUGUGAAUCCAUACCACGAGACCAUGACACUGAUCAGCGGAGACAUUGUUACUAGCGACUCUAGAUUAACCUGCCUGGAGCUGACCUCUGCCGGAACACUGCAAGAGCUGCUGAAGGUCAUGGAAAUCCCAUUGCCCGAGACGUGCCAGAGGUCGAUCAUGCAUGACGUGGCCGAGGGACUGUCCUACCUUCACGAGCAGAAUGUUCUUCACAGGAACCUCACUUCCGCAGCCGUUUAUUUAAAGGGAUCAGUACAG